AUGGCCAAAACUAGGUCGAAACAACAAGGGAAAUCGAAAGCGUAUGUUAACAAACCAAGAAAGAAAGGCCCUAAUUCAGAAUCAGAUGUCAUUCGGACGAAGAAGAUGGAUGCUGUUCUAGGAAUUGCUCCCCUGGAGCUUUCUGAAGAAGAUGAAGAGCCAGAGGAUGCGAUGGCUGAGAAUAAUCGCUCAGAUGGAUGUUCAGAUUUCUUUCGAGCCCCUCUAUCUCCCACUGCAUCAUUGAAUGAGAUCAAACGAACGGAGGAGGCUAGGUCAGUUUUUCUACAGUUUGUGCACGCGAAUAACCAAUGUAACAGUAGCUUGGGUCAAGGUAUGUCUUCGAUCCCUCCUGUGCUGCGUUCUGGAUCUAUUGUUAAGAAUUUAGAUCAGUCUUUUGUUAGAUCUGAGAGGCCUAAUAAGGUCAAAAUUAAUUUCGAAGAUAUUGAAGAUGAGGUGAAUUUUUGGAGUCCCUCCAUUGUAUGCUAUGUUUUAGGGUCUAAUCCCCCUCUGCAUAUUUUGGAAGGAUUUGCAAAAAGAAUUUGGACUGAUAAGGUUGACAAGGUGAAAUUGCUUGCUUUUGGUAUAUUUCUUAUUCGGUUCAAUACAAUGGAGAUUAGGGAUCAAGUGUUAAAUGGAGGUUACAUAUUUUUCAAUAAACGUCCUGUGAUCAUGAAACCAUGGGAUCCUAACACAAAUUUCAGGAAAGAAGAUGUGAAACAAGUUCCCAUUUGGGUGCAUCUUGAAGACCUCGAACUCAAAUACUGGGGCCAGAAAUCCCUUUUCAAGAUUGUUGGUCAAGUUGGAAAACCGAUUAUGGUUGACAGUGUGACAAGAGAGAGGGAGAGGCUGAAUUUUCCAAGGAUUCUCAUUGAGGUUCAGAUGAAUCAAGAGCUUCCAAACUUAUUGGAAUUUGAAGAUGAAUACGGGUCGGUUUGUCAUGUGGGAAUCCAGUACGAAUGGAAACCUAUAACAUGUUCAAACUGUUCUGGAUUGGGACAUAAGACUGAGGACUGCAGGAAUGGUAGCAAGGCAAAACAGGAAUGGGUUAUAAAAGAAGAUCAUAGGAAAGCUAAUCCUAUUGUUGAUAAUGAAGGUUUUCAGGCAGUGAGUAAAGGGAAAAGAGUCAAAGAGCAUGGACAAGUUUCGACCAGAAAGGUGCAGAAUGGGUUCCAAGCACUGGCUGAUAAUGAAGAGUUGGGAAAUGGUGACUGUGAGUUAGUUGCAGCAGGACCCGUGGCUGAUGCAGCAGUAAUUGAUAGUAGUUUUGAGACCUAUUUGACAGUGGUGUAUGGGGCCAAUGACAAUGAGGGAAGGAAACUUUUAUGGGCUGACUUGUGUGAAUUGAGUACUAAGGAUAAUUGGCUUGUCAUGAGGGACUUUAAUGCUAUAUUAGCCAAAGAAGAAAGAGUGGGACAUAGAGUUUGUUAUCAUCCUGAUACAGAUUUUAUACAGUGUGUUCAGCAGUGUCAACUUGAGGAUGUCAAAGCAACAGGCUGCUACUUUACAUGGUCGAACAAACAACAAGGAAAAGACAGAAUAGUUUCCAAGAUAGAUAGAAUUUCAGCCAAUCAAGAGUGGUUGGAUAAAUAUCCAAAUGCUGAGGCAAUGUACUUGAACGAAGGCACCUUUGAUCACAGUCCAGCUAUUUUGUCUUUGCACCCGAAAUGGAAAAGUGGGAGAAAACCUUUUAAGUAUUUUAUGAUGUGGUCAUCUCCUAAGUAUGUUGAAAAGGUUUCGGAAGUCUGGCAAAAGGAAAAGAGAGGGACCAGGAUGUAUCAGUUGAUGAGCAAAUUGAAAGAGCUAAAGGCUAUACUCAAAGAGAUUAAUAGAGAAGGUUUUUCGGAUGUUCAUGCUCAGUUUGAGCAAUCAAAAGCUGAUCUAAAUGACCUGCAAGAUAAGCUACAACAGGGAUCCUCUGAAUGCUGA